AUGCCAGCUGCUUCCAGCCUUCGCCGGCUCCUCUCUGCACCCUUUGCUGUCACGCCGCGCUGCGCGAUCUUCUUCCGGCGGUGGGUCGCUCUGCUCGUCCUCCUCGAGGCUGCGAGCCGUUGGGACGCCCUCCGCUGGCUCUACACAGACAGCGGUGCUCUCCCGCGGCGCUUGGUACUGCCCGACCCGGCGGAGGAUCCGCUCGCGUGGGCCGUGUGUGCGCAUGCGUGGCACGGGUCGCUAGCUUGGGCGCAGGCGCUGACAGCGCUGCAGGCCUCCGCUGCCGUCGGCCUCUUCUUCGGCGCGCGAGGCGCCGGGGUGCUCGCCUGGUGGCUGCACCUGUCUGCGUGCCUGAGGGUGCCGCCGCUCAUCUUCAUCCUCGACCGGUACCUGCAUCUCCUGCUGGCCUUUGCGGUGCUGCUGCCCACGCCGCCGCCCAGCGGAGGUAGCAGCCUCGCGUCGCUGCUGCUCGCAGCGCUCCGGCGGGCAGCAGGGGCGGCAUGGCGAGGCGGGGGAGGGCCUGGCUGCGGCAGCCGCGCCACGCCGGGCGUGUUGUGGCGCGCGCUGCUGCACAACCGCUGGGACGUCUUCGCGUCCGCCGAGGAGCACGUCGUGUGGGAGAUAGCGCCCGCGAGGCUGUCGGACGGUGCCGUCGUCGACUUGUGGCGAGGCACCGAGGAGGUGUCCUGGGCGGUGCCGGAGGAGGAGGCUCCGGCUCACGGCGGGCGCUGGCGCUCGCUGCCGCUCACCGCCGAGCGGGGCGAGGACGAGGAGGCGCAGUUCUGGGGCGCGUUGUGCGACGAGUGGGAGGCGCGCGAGCGGGAGCGCAGCGGCAGCGAGGAUGACUUCGAGACGCUGUUCCGCGCACAGCUUGCUCGCAUGGGCUAUGACGCCAGCGCGCUGCCCCCGGGCACCGGUGCGCAAGUUGCGGCCGUUGCCCACGAUGGGUUUCACGGAAACCUCCAACUUCCCGUCGGCAUCGACUGCAUCGAGGCGAGGGUCAAGGUGGUGGAGGCCGGGAUGGCGAAGCCUAUGAACUGGGGAGCCCUCACUCCCGCUGGGGGAACACCGAUUGGGAUCAAAGAGCUGAGCGCACUCGAGCGAGAGCUGGCCGCACUCAAGAAGCCGGGCGCAGAGGCGAGGAAGGAGGCUGCAGAUGCGGCUGCUGCCGCUGCUGGCGGCCUUCUCCUGCGCUGA